CUCCCUCCCUCCCUUCCUCCCUCCCUUUCAAGAUACUGGUACUAACCUUUAAGGCCUUACAUGGUUUGGGGCCGGCGUACCUGAGGGCCCGCUUAUCCCCCUACCAACCCCAGAUAUUACUUCGGUCCAAAGACCAAAAUCAUUUGUCUUCUACUAGGCAGAGAGCCUUCUCGAUUGUAGCCUUGCUCUUCCGACAAGCAUUCAAGCGGGGGCGAGAGGAGUCUUUGUCUCAGAUGUGGCUGGUGGGGACGAGGGAGGGAGAGGGCCUUCUCGGCAGUGCCCCCCCCCCCCGGCUCUGGAACUCUCUCCCUAAGGAGAUCAGGUUACCGCCUUCCCUGCCCAUUUUCCGCCGGGAAUUGAAAACAUGGUUGUUCCAGAGCGCAUUUGAAUGAAUAGGCCCAAUAGAGGCAAUAGAAAAAGGAGGGAAGGAAGGGAGGGAGGAAGGGAGGGAGGAAGGGAGGGAGGUAAUCCGGUACUCAAUCGGUAGCCAGUGCAGCUGUUGUAGAAUUGGGGUGAUACGCCACCUCGCCGGCACCCCGGCAAGAAGACGGAGCCGCCGCGUUUUGCACCAGCUUUAGUUUCCGGAUCACUGACAGAGGAAGGCCAAUGUUGAGGGCGUGACAGUAGCCGAGCCUCAAGAUGACCGUCGCCUGGAUCACCGUAGCCAGGUCGUUCCUAGAAAGGUAGGGAGCCAGUCGCCUAGCCUGACGUAGAUGGAAAAACGCAGAUCUGCUCACAGCAGAGACCUGGAACUCCAUUGUGAGCAGAGGGUCCAAUAAGACACCAAGACUUUUUACAGAAGAUGACGGACGCAGUGUCUCGCCAUCCAGGGUAGGCAGCUGCAUCUCCCCCCCACCCGGACGGCCCAGCCAAAGGAUCUCCGUCUUCGCUGGAUUCACCCUCAACCUGCUGGCACGCAAUCAUCCAGUAACGGCCUCAAGGCACUGAUGGAAACUAUCGGGUACGGAGUCCGGCUGGCCCUCCAUCCUCAGAAUGAGCUGAGUGUCAUCAGCGUACUGGUGGCACUCGAGCCCAAAGCUCCGCACCAGUCGGGCAAGCGGUCGCAUAUAGAUGUUAAAUAAUAGAGGAGAGAGAAUAGCUCCCUGUGGGACCCCACAAGUUAGUGGAGACCACGCGGAAACCAUCCCUCCCCUCACCACCCGCUGUCCCUGAUUCUGGAGGAAGGAGGACACCCAUUUAAGGGGUAUCCCCCUAACCCCCGUCAUGGCUAGGCGGUGGGUCAAUAGAUUGUGAUCGACCGUAUCAAAUGCUGCUGUGAGAUCCAAUAACACAAGCAGCGCUGAUCCGCCUUGAUCCCUUUGGCAGCGAAGCUGAUCUGUGAUGGCAACUAGCACAGUCUCCGUCCCGUGCCCCCUACGGAAGCCGGACUGGAAGGGAUCAAGUCCGGCUGUGCGAUUGAGGAACUGCUGCAACUGUUCCGCUGCUGCCCUCUCAACCACCUUGCCCAGAAACGGAAGAUUCGAGACUGGGCGGUAGCUAGCGGGAACCGAACGAUCUAAGUCUGGUUUCUUCAGCAGCGGAGAUACCAUCGCCUCUUUUAAACUCUCUGGAAAAACUCCUUGCUCAAGGGAGCUAUUUAUUAUAUUCAACAGAGGUUCACGUAAUCCCUCCAGGCAAGAUCUUACUAGCCAGGAGGGACACGGAUCGAGGGAGCAGGUGGUCGGCCUAGUUGCAGUCAUCUGGUGGCACAAGCUAUACCUGGUACUACCCAGAUGACGGUCAGAAGCAUCAUCUUUAGCACAUAAUUUUAGUUCGAGCCACAACAUUGUCUCCUGUGCAAAAGCAAACUUUUGCCUUUAUUUUUCCUUCAUUUACAAUGUAAUGUCUUCCUGUCCUUGUUGCCUUUCUAUGAAUCCGCUGCAGUUUGCCAAUGUCCUUUCUAAAAUGGACUGAACUGAGCAGAACUGGGCAGGAAUCAUGUCUCCCACCCAAGGGUGCUGUUGGAGUGCAGAAGGAUCUGGAGGGCAGCAGGAUUCCCACUCACCCUGGGGGUCUGUCCAUCUGUCUCUAUACCGCCUUCUCUCAUGUACUGCUGCUAGGCUGAGUGCCUUGGCUCUGGCUGAAGUUACAUACCUUUGUGGUAUAGGUUUUGUAAGAAUGCAGUAUGUCAAGGAACUUUGUGGCCUAAUGUGCUCUCAGUGUCUCCAGGCGCCUUGCUUUAGAAACGUGGGGCAGGGAUCACGCUGCAGGGAAAGAGAGGAUCAGGAAAAUAUCUCUCCCCCAAGUUGGAGGAAGUAUUUUUCUCCCAAGACUGAUCACUUGGGAUAGUCUGUCCAUACAGAUGGCCACUCAGGUUUUGAGUGGAGAUGUGAAGAAGCGGGAUCUAGGUAGGAAAUGCUUUGCAUCGUUAGCCCCUUUCCGUGUUGACCAUAUUAUUAGAGGCCUUCCUUUACCAAGGUUGGAUUAGACACAGGAUCUUAGGCCGCUAUCCCCUUUGCAGGGAUUGUUCUUUGUUGGGCAAGUGUUAAAGUGCUUCUCAGCAGGCAACGGGCUCUUACCAGUUGGGCCAGUCUUUCUCCCCUCUUCCCCUGUGAUUGCUACAGCACUAGGCUAUUGUUCUUCAUGUUCAAUGAGAUCUUUCUGUACUCUGCUCCUAAUAAGAUUUUCCUCUUAUUCAUCUCGCAGGUAACCUCUAAACGAACCUUAUGAAGAAAACAUUGCCGUUUACCUUACGUCUGAAAGGAAAAUACGCAGGAUUAACAACAAGAAGAAAUAAAUUGGAGAAAUUAUAUUUCAAGCUACAUACCUUUAAAUGUAAGGAAAGGGAGGAUUGUGCUGUAAAAAGAGGGGUUGGUAAAGAGAAAAUAAGGCUACAGCAAUACAGAGACUGGGAAGAGGAAAUGUCCUAUUCAGGAGUCCAUAUCUCUGAACUUCAGGCAUAAUAUUAGAAUAAUAAAUGUUAAAAAAAUGGAAACUUCAUUGUCAAAAUCACACACAGGGGAGAAGCGACAUAAUUGUAAGGACUGUGGGAAAUGUUUCAUUGAGAGAAGUUCUCUUGCUAAACAUCAACGAACUCACACAGGAGAGAAGCCAUAUAAAUGUGUGGAAUGUGGAAAGAGUUUCAGUCAGAGUGGAAAUCUAUGCACCCAUCAAAGGACUCACACAGGGGAGAAGCCACAUAAAUGCAUGGAAUGUGGAAAGAGCUUCAGUGAGAGUGGACAUCUGCGUAUCCAUCAAAGGAUGCACACAGGAGAGAGGCCACAUAAAUGCAUGGAAUGUAGAAAGAGCUUCAGUGAGAGUGGACAUCUACGCACCCAUCAAAGGACUCACACAGGAGAGAAGCCACAUACAUGCAUGGAAUGUGGAAAGAGCUUCAGUCAGAGUGGACAUCUGCGUAUCCAUCAAAGGAUGCACACAGGAGAGAAGCCACAUAAAUGCAUGGAAUGUGGAAAGAGCUUCAGUCGGAGUGGAGAUCUCCGUAACCAUCAAAGGAUGCACACAGGUGAGAGACCGUAUAAAUGCAUGGAAUGUGGAAAGAGCUUCAGUCGGAGUCGAGAUCUCCGUAACCAUCAAAGGAUGCACACAGGUGAGAGACCACAUAAAUGUGUGGAAUGUGGAAAGAGAUUCAGUCAGAGUGGACAUCUGCGUAUCCAUCAAAGGACUCACACAGGGGAGAAGCCACAUACAUGCAUGGAAUAG